AAAGAUUGUCAAACGAGAUCUUAUAAGGGAAAAACAACGUGAAAUCAAACAGAAAAUCGAAGUGAGACAAACUAUGCUGAAUACAAAACCAAAAUCUAUGAUAGAUCGAGUUUUAAAUCGAGAAUCAAGACAAAUUGUCCUGAACAGGAUUAUACAAAACAAAAAUGAUAAUACUGUCACAAUAAUCACCAACCCUGAACAAAUUAAAAGUUGCGUACAAGAACAUCUAUAUCAGUGA